AUUUGAAAAUUUAAGGUGGCAACAUUCAUACAAGUUUUAUUUGAAAAUGGCGGCCGAGUCUGAGAAACACGUGGAUAAGAAGAUGAAGAAGGGAAAAAAAUUCGGACUUCAUAAAAGUGGUGUAAUGUAUGUUGGACAUUUACCGCAUGGUUUUUAUGAAGAAGAGUUGAAGAGUUUCUUUUCUCAGUUUGGAGCAGUUAAUCGAGUCAGAGUAGUAAGAAGUAGAAAGACUGGAAGAAGCAAAGGUUAUGCAUUUGUUGAAUUUAAAUAUGAAGAUGUUGCCAAGAUUGCUAUAGAAACCAUGAAUAAUUAUUUGUUAUAUAAUAAAAUUUUAAAGUGUUCAUAUGUUCAAAAUCCCAGGAAUUUCUGGCCAAAAUCAUUCGUUUCAACAGUGGAGAUGAACAAAAAAACACACAACACAGUUAAGUCGGAAAAGAACAUUUUAAAAAGAAAACAGAAGAUAUUGAAGAAAAUACAGCAAAACGAAAACGCAUUAGCUGCAUUAGGAAUCAGAUAUAAAAUAAAUAUAAAUAACAACAGAAAAGAUGAAAAUGAGAAAAUGGAAGAAAGCUCAUCAAUAAACCAGCAAGAUGAUGAUGAUAAAUCUUUUGAAGCUACUAAAACAGAAUUAGGAAAAGAAAUGGAAAUUGACAAAAAUGAAUCCUUGACAAAGAAAGAGCAUACUUUAAAAAGGAAAAAGUCAACAAAUAAGAUAAAAAAUAAGGAAAGUAAAAUAGCAAAAUUUGAAAAGGAGAUUGAAAUAGAUGAUACUGAUGAGAUAGUUAAUGAAGUAACAGAUAAAGUAAUGAAAAAUACAAAAUUUUCUCCAAAAGAAUGCACAAAAACACCUGACAUCAUUAAAAAUGUUAAAAUUGAGAAGGAAACUUCCAAACAGGCAAGAGAGAGGAAUAUAAAAUCUACAAAAUUAACUUCAGAAAACAGUAUAGAAAUUAAUGAUAGUUAUGUUUCAGCUGAAAAAGAUUCAAACAAAUUUUCAACACAAAAGAAAAAAUAUUCUGAUUCUGAUUUUAGUGAUUUCAGAGAAGAAAUAAAAUAUACAAAAUUAACUCCAAAACGUCAUACAGAAAAUAAUGAUAGCUCGGUUUCAGUCGAAAAAGAUUCAAACAAAUCUUCAACCCAGAAGAAGAAGAAAAAGCAUUGUGAUUCUGCUUAUAGUGGCUUUACAGAAGAAAUGAAUACAAGUAAUUUUGAUGAAAUGAAGAAUACAAAAUUAACUCCAAAAAGUCAUACAGAAAAUAAUGAUAGCUCAGUUUCAGGCAAAAAAGAUUCAAACAAAUCUUCAACCCAGAAGAAGAAGAAAAAACAUUGUGAUUCUGCUUUUAGUAGCUUUACAGAAGAAAUGAAUACAAGUAAUUUUGAUGAAAUGAAAUAUACAAAAUUAAGUCCAAAAGAGAGUUUGGAAAAUAGUAAAGAUCAGACGGGUUCAAAGAAAACUCCAAAACAAAAAACAAAGAAAAAUUCUGAUUCUCACAGUGAUUUUGCUGAAGAUAUGAAUUUAUGUAAAGAGGAAACUAAACAUACAACACUCUUUUUGGAAGAAAAAUUUGAAAAUGAUGAAUUUGUUAAAGUUAAGAAAAUUUCAGAAAAUGAGACCAAAGCCAUGUGUGACAUUGAUAAAGAUAUUAAGAAUCAAAAAAUAUCAACUGCAAAUAUUGAAGCUUCCAAAACUCCUUUAUCAAAAACAUUACCCAAACGAUCACCUAAACCUAGAACAUGUAAGAAAUCUAAACAGUUAAAUAUCACAGAUGAUUGUGUAAUAGUGGAAAUGCCAGAUAAAGAAAAGAAGAAAAUAGAAAAAAGUGAUGAGAAAGAGAUUGAUAAAGAUAGAAAAAUUACUGGUAUUUUGAGUAAUUCUGGAAAAAAGAAGAAAAAUAGGAGUUGUAAAAAACAGUCUACAGUCAAGUUUAAUGAGAAAAAUUUGGAUAAUUCAAUGAAUGUAAAAUCUGAUUUUCAUCAAUUAAAAGAUUCAACAACAAGGAAAACAAGAAAAAGUGAGAGAGAUAUUCAGGCACUUUCUUCUUCUUAUAUUGAAAGUAAAACAACUCUUCCAAAACGAUCACCAAAAUUUCGAAGUUGUAAGAAAUGAGAUUGUUGUUUAAACAAUGUAAUGUCUGUAUAUAUAUUUUUAAAAUAAAAACUAACAGAAUUAAAACAUAA